AUGGCAUCGGAGGAGGAGAAGCCACCAUGCCACCUCCUGCGCAUGCCGUAUGAGAUUCUGAAGCCGAUCCUCACUCAGCUCGAACAACGAGACCUUCUCCUCAACGUCUCGAAAACCUGCGUCACCAUCUGGGAGCUGACUUACGCCCUCGCCUAUAAUCGUAUCGUAGUCGAGAUCGGCCCAACGAAGAGCAGUUCGGCAUGGAGACCUCUCGCAUCAGGGCAUCACACCGGCUUGCUUUACACACGGCAUCUCAAGAUCCAGUCGCUGUAUGGUGAAUAUGAGGAGCCGAAGCAUCUGGAGGAUCUGGUUGUGGGUGGGAUCCUGGCUGCUUUGAAACAGCAUCAACUGUUCUCGUUCGCCUUGACGACUCCCACAUCCUUCAAAAGGACCCUCUCGGUCAAGAAUUUCAUCAUCCUCUUGACGACACAACGAUCUAUUCAACAGCUUGGACUACCAAUCAUCGGUAGAAUACGGCCGUACCCGCGAUUCACUGACUACAUCAAUGGUGACACUCGGUUCACCCAGCUUCGAGAUCUUACGCUCACGAUCCUCGACUUCGAAGCGCCGGCUGAUCAGUUACACCACGCCUUUCGUAGAGCAUCAAAUCUACAAGAGCUCCAACUUCGAUUCAUUUGCCCACCCAACGCUCGUGGUCAUGAUCUCCCAAAUCCUCUGCCUAGCGGUAAGGCUUCACUCUUUCUGCUGUCUACCGUCACCAGGCUGGCAUUCUAUGGUUUCGAUUUCGCGGCAUAUGCGCCGCAGCUCGUUCGGACUUCAUUCCCAUGUUUACGCGCUCUCGCAGUCUGCAACUGCACCCAACUAGCCAGCUUCUUCCUCAACACUCCGUCGUCGAAUUAUCCGGCCUUGAUUGCAUUGAUGGUCAAGGGAGGCUCAGGUUUCAGCGCUUUUUGGGAGUCUAGAUUUGUCAAGGGCCUCAGAGAAGUCCGCGAGCUUGUUUUCAACACAAGUGACGCCUGUUUGACUGAUGCAACUAUGUUCGUCCGCCAUGCGGAUACUUUGAACCUUUUCUUGCUGCGCAGUUCCGACCCGGGAUGUGAGUUCGCCCUGGUGGAGUCUCUCGAAACUCUCCUUUCCAAUUGUCGGGCUAUUCGCCACAUGGGAUUGUUUCUUGCUUGGGGCUGCCUUGGCGGAACACAAACGGUGGAGUUUGAAGAGGAUAUGCUGGCCCGCGAACUCUUGAAUCUCUUCGAUGGCAAUGACAGGCUUCAGACGCUUGCGUUGGGAUGCAAUCUAUUGCCCGCAUCCUACGUACACCAGCAUACCCCGGAAGGAUUGGAGCAGCUGGAAAGAGUUUCUCCUAUUGAAGAGGCGGCUGGCCGCGAACUCAUUAGGCACUUCGCUAGUGAGACCGAUCUUACAAGUGCCACCGGCUCCCUAGAAUAUCUCUCUAUCAGGAGCGGCAUCCAAGUGUCCAAUUCAGCUCUCCCUAGAAAUCAUCAACUAAGAGCCGGGCCUUCCAAAGGUGUAAAACACCUGUUCACUCUCAAACCAGAAGUGGUGUUCAAACCUGUCAGCAAAGAAGAGUUGAUGGCGAGGUAUCACGGAGAUGGCUAUUACUUCCUGGAGGAGUAUAUUGAUGGUCUUCUGGAGCAGAGCCACCUGAGCUUUCUUCCUCGCGAUGACGGAUAUGCGUCAUAUCUAUGGGAUACAACGGACGGAUAG